GUCAAACCGGUUUAGCAGUAAAGAUUGAUUGACGGAACAAGCCUAUGAAUUGUGGGUAAUCGAGCCUCUUUUUCACGUGGUCUCCCGACGGCAACAUGGGAGCUAAGAAGCAAGAUCCAAAGGGAGGGCAAAAGGGUGGCAAGGCCGCACCCGCAAAGAAGAAAGAAGGCGGUGGCAAGUCCAAGAAGAAGAAGUGGUCUAAGGGAAAAGUCCGCGACAAGUUGAACAACCUGGUGUUGUAUGACACUGCCACUUACGACAAGUUGUACAAGGAAGUGCCCAACUACAAGCUAAUCACACCCUCCGUGGUUUCUGAAAGACUUAAGGUCCGAGGAUCCCUCGCCAAGAAGGGGCUACGUGAACUCUGUGCUAAAGGUCUGAUCAAGCUCAUAUCAAAACACAGUUCACAAAUGAUCUACACCAGAGCUACCAAGGCUGAAGACGAGUAGAUGACUUGUAGAUAAUAAAUAAAUAAUAAAAAUCGAAAA